AUGUUUGCUGCUGCAACCAAAAACUUUGUUAAACAGGUUGGUGAUGGAGGAAGACUAGUUCCAGUGCCCAGUCUCAGUGAAGCUGAUAAAUACCAACCUCUGAGCCUUGUGAUUAAGAAAAGAAAAUGUUUGCUUUCAAAAAAGUCUAAAUUUGCUUCAACACCUUUCACAUUAAAAGACAUUCUUCAAGGGGAGAAAGAAAUUUCUGCAGGUGUCUCAUCUUACCAGUUGCUCAACUAUGAAGACAAAUCAGAUGUUUCGCUUAAUGGUAGAAGAGGAAAUCAGAUAAUGAAUGAUGUUGGUUUUGACAUUGCUGGAUCAGAUUCUGUUGCAUUUAAAGCUUCAUUUGGCAUAGUGACCAAACAUGAGGUUGAAGUACCAACAUUACUUAAAGAACUUACUGCAAGAAAAAUAAACUUUGAUCAUUGUCUAGUCCAUCAAUCAAGAAAAAAUAGGAUGGAAAUUUUGUGUGUGGUCAUGGAAAGCAUUAGAACUACAAGGCAGUGCUCAUUAACUGUCCAUACUGGAAUGCGUGGAGAGACAAUGAGGUUUCACAUUAUUGAAGAUCAGAAUUGUAAGGGGAGGGACAAAGCCAUUGUUUUUCCUGCACAUACAACUAUUGCUUUUAGUGUAUUUGAACUUUAUAUUCAUUUGGAUGGUAAUUUUG